AUGUACAAAUCCUUCCUACUCAUCGCGCUGGUCGCACAGUCAUUAGCGGCUCCAACACAGUCAGCACACAACAACAGCACAGUCGAAUAUCCAAGACAAGCAUCCAUAUUACCCCAACUGAAACGAGCCACACUCCUGGCGAAUGUCACCCAACCCUCCAUUGACCGAGAUUCAUGCGGAUCUUCCCGAAUAGGCAACCGUGUGUUCUGGACAUGUCGAGACACCCUCCGUUAUGACCCUCUUUCCAUGAAAGGUGUGCUUCCUCUUGCCGCCAAUACCGGGGGAUGGUCGGACYUCACGCCUUCAGGACCGCUGAUCUCGAGCGGUAACAAUGCUGUCGGAGUUGCCUCUACCGGGAACAACAGCAUCCACUUGAUGUAUGGAACCGACCCAAACAACUUGGUGCCCUACUUUCCCUUUCAGACAGACUCGUGCCCGCCGGCAGGAGUCUGCGCAGAUGGAUCCCGCUAUGUAGUCUGGCCAAAUCAACCUCCUCUCAUCACAGAGUCAAACUCGAGAAGUGCUGUCGGAUACUCUUGGAUCGCCAAAGAGCGCCUGAAAGGUCUCUCCUCCCUAACUCCUCAACCAGCCCACACUCUCUACAAACUAACCUGGUCCUCGACUCAAUCCCGCACCUCCCUCCCAAAAAUCUCCACCAUCUCCUCCAACUUCUGGAAACCCAACGAGAUCGGUUUCGGCCAAUACGGCAGCGUCAUACGCAACGGAUACGCAUACCUCUACGGCCAACUCCCCAACACAGGCGGCACAGUCCUCGCGCGAGUUCCCACCUGGGCGGUGGGGAACCGUUCCGCAUACCGCUACUGGGUAAAAGGACGAUGGACGACCACGGUGCCGAAAAUCACCGACACGUCAAAUGUCAUUCCCAACGCCGGGACAGGCUGGCAGGGCACUUUCUAUUAUUCUUCCGCGUUUCAAGCGUAUAUCUGGAUCGGGCAGCAGUUUAUGAAUCCCGUGGCAGAUUUCUGGAUCACGACGGCAAAGCAUCCACAGGGACCUUGGGUGAAACCUUAUAUGCUUUGGUCUGGGAAGAGUGGGGAUGGAUUUGUGGGUGCGUAUACGCUGCAGGCGCAUCCUUCUAUGCUGCCGAGUUUGACGGCGACGGAGAGGGGGAUUUAUGUUUCUUGGACACAACAGUGGAAUCCGGCGACUUUGCCGACGUAUGUUACGCCGUUGGCAUAUUUGGAGUUUCAAUGA